UGUUUGCCCAAGUUAGUGUUAGGGGCCUCCGGAAACAUGAAGAGGAUAAAUACCUGUGUGAAGAAUGAAGAGCAUGCCCUGGAGGAGUUGGAAACAGAAGGUGAGAGGCAGCUGAAGAGCCUCCUUCAACAUCAACUUGAUACCUCUGUCUCCAUUGAGGAAUGUGUCUCUAAGAAAGAGAGCUUUGCCCCAGGUACCAUGUACAAGCCCUUUGGGAAGGAAGUAGCUGGGACAAUGACUUUAUCCCAGUUCCAGACACUACAUGAAAAAGACCAGGAAACUGCUUCUCUCAGGGAACUAGGGCUCAAUGAAACAGAAAUACUGAUAUGGAAAAGCCAUGUUUCAGGUGAAAAGAGGACAAAGCUGAGGGCAACCCCUGAAGCAAUACAGAAACGGCUUCAAGAUAUUGAAGAAAGGAUCUCAGAGCGCCAGCGCAUCCUUUGCCUGCCACAGAGGUUUUCAAAGAGCAAACAACUGACCAGGCGAGAAAUGGAAAUUGAAAAGUCUUUAUUUCAGGGAACUGAUCGUCACUCCUUCCUUAAGGCUCUUUAUUACCAAGAUGAACCCCCAAAGAAGAACAAAGGUGAUCCCAUGAACAACCUGGAAAGUUUUUACCACGAGACUAUAAGGAAAAAGCGUCUUGAAGAGUUCCAACUUAUGAGAGGUGAACCCUUUGCUUCCCACUCACUGGUCUCAGCUACGUCAGUGGGUGAUAGUGGCACAGCUGAGAACCCAUCACUCCUCCAGGACAAGGGAAAGCAGGCAGCACAGGGUAAAGGCCCCAGUCUCCAUGUGGCAAAAGUUAUUGAUUUUCUACCUGAGCAGUGUUGGAUUGGGCCUAAGAAGCUGACGCAACCAAUAGAAUUUAUCCCUGAAGAUGAGAUCCAGAGAAACCGUUUAUCAGAGGAGGAGAUCCGAAACAUCCCUAUGUUUUCUUCAUAUAACCCAGGGGAACCAAACAAGGUGCUAUACCUGAAGAACCUUAGUCCUCGGGUGAAAGAAAGGGACCUUAUCUCAUUAUUCGCUCGCUUCCAGGAGAAAAAAGGACCACCCAUUCAGUUCCAAAUAAUGACUGGACGCAUGAGAGGGCAGGCUUUCAUCACCUUUCCCAAUAAAGACAUAGCAUGGCAAGCAUUGCAUCAAAUAAAUGGAUAUAAACUUCAUGGGAAAAUAUUGGUGAUAGAAUUUGGAAAGAACAAACAGCAACAGCCAGCUGUCCAGGGUGCUUCCCUUAUAACAUCUGCUACAGAUAGCAGUGCAGAAAUCAGUGGUAGCUAGAAUACAUAUCGACAUACAUACAUACACAUUUGGAUAUAUGUAUGUGUAUAAACACACACUCAUAUCUUUUAUCAUUAAAAUAUAGGAUAUGUACAUACAUAGAAAUUUGUUUUCAAAAUGAAGAGAAAUAUUAGAAAGACAGUAAUUAGGACCGCUGCUUUCCGCAUUUAAAGAGAAUUAUUAGAAAUAUUUUCCAUAAUUAAAUACUAUAUAAUCUAGAAAAUGACAAUAUAAAAUUGGCGCUAUCCUGAGUAUUAAAGAUAAUAAUCAUGCACUAUAUAGGGCAGAAAGUACCCUGAGCAUUAAGAUCAUAUGAAAACCUUUAAUUCUCAGGGUAAGUUACAUCAUUGUUCCUGAAGAUUCUUUAAUAUUUUUGCAGUCUUCAAUAUUUAGUCGUAGAGAUAAUACUUUUUCUGAGACUGUUUCCUAUAUACAAAGAUUUGAAACUAAUUCAGUGUUAAAAUAUUUAUUUACUAGAACUCAUUUUGUGUUUUGUCAGAACUUUGAACAAUUAUAGUAGGUAGAUUCAUGAGUUGAUCAACAUAUUUAAUGCUUGCUUACACUAAGUUUUCACAGUCCUCGAAAAGAUAUAUAUACAUACAUAUAUAUAUAUAUAUAUAUAUAUAUAUAUAUACACACACACACAUAUAUAUGUAUGUAUAUAUAUGAAGCCAGUAUUAUAUAUAGAUAUAUAAUACUGGCUUCUUUUAAGCCAAAAUAUUGGUAAUCUCAUGAUACUAUUGAAUUCAAAACAAUAGGCAUUAAACAUGGAGUAACUGCCUAAUACAUAUUAAACAUUAGGUAUAUGAACUUUCAAGAGGGAACAAACUAGCAAAGAAUACUAAAGGGACAGGAAAGAAAGUUUUAUACAUUAGAAGAAAUGCAUCUUGACUCAAACACCUAGGGAUUUGUUUAUAGUUGUUGAAGAAUAGAAACACAGUAUGGUAUAGACUAGGUAGUACCAGCUUUGGAGUCAGACCUGUGAUCCUCAUAGUCACACAUGUUUACCAACUUAACUUGAAAAGCCACUUAAUCUGAGCCUCAUUGAUCUCAUCUAUACAGUAGAGUAAUAUUGCUCCUUACCUCAGUGAGUAAGGGUUAAAUGAGAUUAUACCAUCCAAGGGGAAAAAGUGAAGGAAAUGUAGGAAACUCCAUUAAGCACAUCAAACAAUAUAUAAUAAGAAUUCCAUUUAAAAAGGGAGAAAGGUGCAUAAAUACCGCAAGACAGCCAGGUGGUGGUGCCACAAGCCUUUAAUCCCAGCACUUGGGAGGCAGAGGUAGGUGGAUCUCUGUGAGUUCAAGGCCAGCCUGGUCUACAAAGUGAGUUGCAGGACAGCCAAGACUGUUAUACAUAAAAACCCUGUCUCAAAAAAAAUACUGCAAGAGGACCAUGGCUUAGUGAGUAAAGACACUCACCACCAAGCAUGAAGACCUGAGUUCAAACCCUAGGACCUACAUGAGAGAAGGAGAAAAACAAUUCCAGUAAGUUAUCUCUGAUUUCUGGAAAUACGCUAUGGCAAGUGUGCUCCCACAUACAUAUAUACAAAAUUACACAUAAAUAUUUUAAAAAUCUUCAGAAAUAGCUGCUACAAAUAUUUCAAAUUGAGUGACAAAGAUAGAUCUAACCAUUGCAAAAGCCAUUCAGUUACAUUAUAAUAAAAUACUGAAAAUUCAAGAGACAGAGAAAAUCGUGAAAAUAACCGAAGAAAACUGAAAUAUUAUUUGUCAUGGGUCUCUAGAUUACCAACUAACUUCUUAUCAGAAAUGUGUAUUUCUGAUAAAUGGCACAUUCUUGUAUUUACAGCUAUUCAGGAGGCCGAGGUGGGGGGGAUCAGUUGAGCCCUGAUUCAAAACCAGCCUGUGUAAAGAAGUGAAAUCCUGUUUCAAAAACGAAAACCAAGAAAAAGUGACAUAGUUAAGAUCUCAGAAACAGUGGAGGUGGCCGUGCAAGGUAAAAUACCUCCCCCAUAAUUUUUAAAAGCUGGAGAAUUUGUUGCCAGAAGAUCACACAAGACAUGCAAGAGGACCAUUGUCAAGCUGAAAAGCAAGUGACCUUAGAGAAAAAUUUAAAUCUCUCCAUAAAACAGACAGACGCGAUUGUGUGACUAUAAAAGAUAACCUUGACUACUUUUUCCUUUAUCCGUUAACUAAUUUAGUUACUUAUUUUUGGUUUUUGGAGACAGCAUUUCUCUGUGUAGUUCUGAUUGUCCUGGAACUUGCUGUGUAGACCAGACUGGGUUCAAACUCAGAGGUCCACCUGCCUCUGCCUCCCAUGUGCUAAGAUUUUGUUAACUAAUGUUUAAAAGUUGUAUUAAGUUGUAUAUAGUUGCAUUGUAUCUCCUAUAACAAAAAAGUCAAUGUAUUUGCCAGUAACAGACGAAGAUCAGAAAUAAUGCUUAUUUUACUAAAAAAUAGCAGAAAUCCAUAGGAACAACUAAAACAAAGGAGUAAAAUUAUGGCUAAUUUUCUAAAACGGUAAACAAUUCAACAUCUUGAAAACUACCAUCAUUGUUUUAAGUGAUAACUUUAAUGUAUUGCUAAGCCUGUAACAUAUAGAAAUGUAGUGUAGAGCUGCGGGCAGGCCUGCUUUUCAUCCCGCCCAGCUCCCGCAUGGUUAGCUUUACACCCAAAAUAAUU